AAUGUCAUAUUCCUAAAAUAACAUUUGCAUUGACGCAUAAUUUGUUAAAUUGCUGAAUAAUUGCGAGAAAACUUGUGUUGUAUAGAUAUUACAUUUAAAUAUAAUAAUUUAGGGUAAAAUACGCAGUAAAUAUUUUACAUUAAACGCAAUAUAUUUGUUGUGUAAUUGAUUAAAACGUUACCAGCUAUUUACAAAGUGAUGGAACAGUUGCAGAAACAAUUGGCGAAAAUUCGUGUACCAUGCGAUAAUGUACCCAUUUAUAAAGAUGAGUGCGUCUACUCCUAUGAUACACCAGAAACUCCUACAGGACUUUACGUGAGCUUAAGCAGCUUUUUGGGCUUUGGCGAAGCAUAUGUGAAACGAUAUGCUGAAAAGACUGGAAAUGCAGUAUUCUUGCAUAUACAUCGCAUUAAGACACCCAAAGAAAAUGUUGAUGGUGCUUGCGCUGAUGAAGGAGGGCCGGAACGCAAAAUAACCCGAUUAGCUAUAGGCGUUGAGGGAGGUUACAAUGAUGCAAACGAAAAGAAAUACGACAUUAAAGAUUCGUAUAGUAUUGUUGUAAUGCCGGAUAUUGAUAAGAAAUUGGUAUUCCCUGAUGAACAAUUGCCGCUGCUGGUAACACAAUCAGUUGAAGCAGUUCUAGCACAAGAAUCAGCUAUAGCAAAAUUAGAAAAACAAACGCUAGCUGGUACUUGGGAUGGUGAAGUACGUCAAGUGUCCAAGUAUUCAGAUAAUUUAAUCCAGCUAGAUAAUGGCAAGAAAAUACCACCGUCCGGCUGGAAAUGCGAAAAAUGUGAACUAACAAAUAAUUUAUGGCUCAACUUAACCGAUGGCUCUAUUCUUUGUGGGCGAAAAUUUUUCGAUGGUUCGGGUGGAAAUGAUCAUGCUGUAGAAUAUUAUCGGGAAAUGGGUUAUCCAUUAGCUGUCAAACUGGGUACUAUAACUGCUGAUGGAAAAUCUGACGUUUUCUCAUAUCCAGAAGAUGACAUGGUUAUUGACACACAUCUGGAGAAGCAUCUUGCUCAUUUUGGUAUUAAUAUGGCAGCGAUGAAAAAGAGUGAAAAGACUAUGGUUGAAUUGGAAAUAGAAAUUAAUCAGCGCAUUGGUGAAUGGUCAUUGUUGACCGAAAGCGAUAGCGAGUUACAGCCAUUGGCUGGUCCAGGCUAUACGGGUAUGAGAAACCUCGGCAACUCGUGUUACAUUAACAGUGUAAUGCAGGUUAUAUUUACACUGCCCGACUUCAUCAAGCGAUACGUAGGAGACGGUGCCGAAAAAUACUUUAACGCAUUUCCCUCAGAUCCGGCAAAUGAUUUUAACAUACAAAUGGCUAAGCUGGGUAAUGGCCUGUGGUCAGGCAAAUACAGCAGCAUUUCGGAGAAUUCACUUGAUUCUGAGUUUACAGGCAUUUCGCCAGCUAUGUUCAAAAAUGUCAUUGGCAAAAAUCAUCCCGACUUUAGUACGAAACAGCAACAAGAUGCUUAUGAUUUUUAUCUACAUCUUAUCAACAUUAUCGAGCGAAAUUCGCGCAAUGAACCGAAUCCUGUAGAAAGUCUCACGAUCAAUUUGGAAGACCGUGUGGAGUGCAUGAGCAGCAAAAAGGUAAAGUACACACAUCGUGAUGACUUUUGUUUGCCAUUGGAAAUACCCUUAGAUAAAGCUACAAACUUAGAUGAGGUCAAAGAGUAUUUGGAGCGUAAAGCCGCUCAAGGCAAAAACAAUAGCAGCGACAAAAAUGUAGUGCGCCACAAAGUGCCUCUACAAGCUUGCUUAGAACGCUUUUUCGCACCUGAAGUACUUGAUCAAUUCUACUCGUCGGCUGCAAACUGCAUAACCACUGCCAGAAAGAAUACCCGACUUGGGAAUAUGCCUGAUUUCUUAAUGUUGCAUUUGCGCAAGUUCACACUCGGCGCCGAUUGGGUCCCAAAAAAGUUAGAUGUGUCGGUUGAUAUGCCAGAUGAAUUAGAUCUCAGCAACUGGCGCGCCUCUGGUAUGCAACCAAAUGAGCAGCCACUACCAGAAACGGAAGAAAAGCCCAAGUUUUCGUUUGAUGAAAAUCUAAUGGGCGAACUUAUGCAAAUGGGAUUUCCACGCGAAGCUUGCAAGCGUGCGGUAUUUCACACUAAAAAUAUUAGUUUAGAAGCAGCUUCCAAUUGGCUCAUGGAGCAUAUUGGCGAUGCAGACAUCUCAGAACCGUUUGUUUUGCCUGCAGAUGGAAUGGGCGGUAGAAAAGCAGCAGAAUUCACAGCGAAUCCCGAAAGUGUAGCUAUGUUAAUGAGUAUGGGCUUUGAAGAGCGUCAAGCGACUAAGGCAUUGAAAGCAACCGAUGGCAAUAUUGAACGUGCAACAGAUUGGAUUUUCUCACAUGCCGACGAUAUGGACACAGAUGAAAACACCCCAACUAAUGUCAGCACAGAUACAGGUACUACGCAGAAAAAAACAUACCGUGAUGGUGUAGGAAAAUAUAAGCUUGUAGCUUUCGUCUCUCACAUGGGAACAUCAGCCCAAGUUGGUCAUUAUGUGUGCCACAUACAAAAAGAUGGACGAUGGGUGAUCUUCAACGAUAGCAAAGUAGCACUUUCGCAAAAUCCACCAAAAGAUCUCGGCUAUUUAUAUUUAUAUAAGCGAUAUGAGUAAUAUGACAAAUUAGAGGUGGUUAGUAAAAAAUGCGCAUUUUAAAAGAACUUGCCUUUAUUUAAAUAUUGAAUUCUUAAAUUAUGACACUUAGUAUUAAAUGCAAAGAACUGAACAAUUUUAAUACAUCAAGAAAUAUAGCUUAUCAUCGCAGUUGAAUUAAUAAAUGUACGCAGUGACGAAAAAAAAACAUAAAUCGAGUAAAUUUAGCAAAUCUUAA